CCUGGCUAGACUAGUGAGGAUGGUUAGAAAGAUAAAGGCGCCUUUAUAUAUUGGCAGAUGAAGGUGGAUGGAAGACUCUUUAGCCCUCUUGCUUUCUACCAAUGGUCUGUGCAAGAGGGACGAAAUAGUAUGUUAUCUUUUCAUAUUUAAGCUAGAGAGGAUCAUCCGUGGUAGAGACUUCAGGAAAAAAUCUUCUGCAAAUGACUUAAGAUCCUAUCACAUAUCCCUCUUGGAAGACCUCAUAUUCCUCUGAGACAUGGACAAUGUCCAAAUCUGCCAUAACCCUCUUUGCCGCGUUUUAGUGGAGAAUGUUGAGUGGUGAGAACUAUGUAUGGCCCAGUUUGCGUGGAAGGACAAUGGAGGAGCCAAUACAACGACGAGCUAUAAAAGAUGUUCGACGACCUCACAGCGCAGCGUAUCAAGCCUAGAACCCAUAGUAACUUAUUACCUUAAAAGCACAGCGUAGGUAAAGAUCAACGAAAACAUCCAGCUACGUUCUUUGGCAACAAUAGUUGAAACCUUUUUUCUUUUCACAAAACACUGAAAGUUGAUUGGCAUUGGCAUGUAAUGGUGUUUGGCACACUCCAAUACAAUGUGUAAAUUGCACCUCAUGUCAAUAACUUUUAAUUUGGUGAAAAAAACAUCUUUUGAGCAUAAAUAAAAUCAUCUUCGACCAUGGCAAGUCAGAUUCGUUUGAACUGGCAGGAUAGGACUAUAGGACCCUUCUUACUUUAAUCAAGUUAUCAUUUAAAGAGUUUAGUUAUGUUCCCCUACCCAAGGUAAGGCUUCUAAACUACAACGUUUCCUGUAAGGGAGAUGGGUUUCUAUCACCGCCCGGGACGAUCUAGUGACGAAUCGUCCGCUUCGAAACAGUAUACACCUCAAUUGUGCCUUUUUCAACAAAACCAUGAUCCUCCUUAACGACGCAAAACUAAACCUACUACAGGCCUAAUUUUAAGUGGCAAGAUGGCAUGGAGGCUUCCGCCAUUAAGGCCAGAAUAACGGAUUGGUAGACGAAGGCGCGAGACCGUGUGCGGUUUUAUAUAUUCCUGCAGCAGGCCAAGACCACAACGCCGGAUAAGUAUUCGUUGGUAGGCGGCUCUCUUGUGUAUCUGAAUUUAACCUGAGGGCCAAGCAGGCGGCAAUGAGCCAAGGAAUGCUAAUAAACGAAGCAAAUGCCAAAUUGGUGCUACUAAAAAAAUAUGAUCUACGAUCUACUAAAAAAAUAUGCAAUCUACGGUAACGUACGUAUAGGUGAUUGCAUUCUUGAAAUGGUCCAGGAACUUUGCCUGUUCCUGGCCAAUAGCUUCUAAAAUUAAUCUCCAAAGUAAUGCGGAAGUUGAGUUGGGCUGGUUGCCGAUAAUAGCGAACCAUUCAAUCUCAAAGAAUCUUUCCCAGCUUCAGCGAAUCGUAAUUGAUCGUACUUUUAUACCAGCAGUACUCUUAAAGACUACCUAUGUUCCUCUUCCUAUGUUGAUCGAUCUUAAAUUUGAAUUCCCACACUCAAAGGCUUACUUUCUCUUCUACAGAAAUUCGAUUAUCUAAAGUCAUAUGUUUUUACCGUCAUAUGCUAUCCAUAAGGACUGUCCAAGCUAUCCAUAAGGACAAGUGAAAAUUGUCCAAGCGUCUUUUUGGUGAGAUAUAAUGCAAUCUUCACGAAAGCAACGAAUGUCAAAAACAUCCGCUGGUUUCUCCCCCUAUAUGUUUUAAGCUUAUUUCUCUUUUCUUUCGACGUACCACUAUGCGCCCAGAACGUUCUUAUCACACAUCAUAAGCUACCAAUGGGUGCAGCAAUGUGGUUCAACGUCUUAACUCGGUUAGUUUAUAAGAAGCCGCUGCCCUAGCAGCCCUGUGCGGAGCGAGCAAUUUAUUUUCUAAAGAUUGCCAUUGUAUUUGGAGAAAAAACCGUUGCUUUUAUCUUAGUUGUUCGUGCAUUGGGAUUCUUUUCGAGUUAAAUGAGUCCGUUAAGUGUUACCGUGCAGGGUGUUGUCCUCCUGUUAGUGCUUGUUAUUGAGUGCCACGCCGACACGACACGGUACAAUGUUAGCUUUGAUGAAUUGCACAGAUGCAAGCAGCACAACGCUAUCAAUGGGUACAACUAUCGGGCGUUCUUCAAGCUGCACGAGCUAGACCAUCAUAAUCCAGCUAACGCUGAUCUGAUCGUCGAUCUGCUGGUGUACGUGCUGGCUGCCCGCGACGGUCACAUCCUGCUAUCGGAACAGAACAAAACGGCACCGACUGCAUUGGAAAUAGUGCUCGGCGGCGGUGGCAACACAUUUUCACAGAUACGCUUCGGACAGAAGGGUUCGCCGUUGCGCACGAAGGCGAGUGCUGGACUGCUGUCACCGAUUGAUCCACUUCCGGUGCGGGUACGUAUCAACACCGAAGGACAGGUCAGGGUGUAUGCAGGCAAUCUUACCGGUGAACCGUUCAUGGAAACGAUGAUGCCCAAGAAGAACGCCAGCGAGCUGAGAUACGUCAGCUUUACCACGUGGGGCACGGCAUUAGCGAAAUGGUUCUACGAUUGUCCACUGCCGGCGAAUAGUACCAACGGUACGGCGUUGAUCGACGGGAACGAGCUGGAGCAAGAGUUCGAUGGUAAGCAGCGGUUGUUGGACCAUCUGCUGGGUGUCCCACGGUGGAUCGACCCACCGGUGAACUUUAGCGGGGUGCAGAUAUCCCAAAUGUACAUACAGGGGUUCGUUUACGAUCAGACGACUAAUCUGGUGGAGCUGUCGGGUGCGAUGGGGCUGUCCUGGAAGGAUCCCAGGUACCGCUGGAACGCAUCCGACUUCGACAAUACGACUGUCGUUGGUGACGUUUGCCACCUGAUAUGGACACCAUCGUUUCAGUCGGCUAGUCUGUUCACCGGAACAUUCUCGCUGUGUUACCUCUCGAACGAAGGUACGGUAAUAGUGGAGAUGGAUGAGUUCUCGUGGGCGAAUUUCUGUACGCUUUCGGACAGCUACCGGUGGCCGUACGAUACCAACGCGUGCCAUCUACAACUGCUGACGGCCAGUCACGAACGUCACGUACCUAUGCAUUUAGCCAUUAGAUCGGUGCAAUUUGACCCAGAGUAUGAGCAAUCGGAAUGGUCGGUAAAGACUAUCGGCAAACAUGAGUACGAGCAAACCGUUACCCCAUAUGGACAGCAACCAAUGCUCCAGCUACACAUUGAAAUGAUGCGGAAAAGUGAUAUACAUUCGGUUUCGAUUUAUCCGUCAUAUUUCGUUGCUAACUUGCUGAUCUCUAUUUCCUUCCUCUCUGAUGGACGAUCGCGACUGUUGCUAAACUCGCUUGGGCUAAUCGUGCUACUAAACACAUUUUUAAGCCUUUCCGUCAUUGUGCCUCGUGCUGGAGUGCCGAAAAUAUACCUCUUCUUCGAGUGGUCGCUCGUUUUCUACACAAUCUCGUCGAUAUUUUUUGCGAUAGAAUUGUGGUUGAAACGAACACGCACCAACAUACCACCCGGUUCCUGGAUCGGACGAGUGAUCAGCUUUCCGGCACUUCGAUUUGCACUUGCGAUGGACCAACGGAGUAACUACAACACGCUGGAGCACAAAAAUGUUCGAUGGGACGAAGUUACGUGCAUUCUGAACCGAAUUAUGAUGCUCGUUGUGGUGAUCGUGUUUGCUAUCGGAUUUAGUAAACCAUGAAGCAUGAUGUAGGGACGGUCAAUUGUAUUCUCUCUUGCCAUCGUACUCGCUAUACGGUUCAAAGAAUGAUAUUCUAGACACUGAUUUUCAAAGCAUCAACUUCACAUCAUUGCCGCAGUUGCCAUAAAACGUUCAGUGAUCUACGAUCGGCAAUUGAUGGAUUAGAAGGAAUGCGUAGCAAACAAUUGUAGAAUAAAUAGAGCAAACUUUUAUUUAAAACUUCA